CCAUCUUGAAUGUGACCCUAACAGCCCUCGCACCUGAAAUGGAGAACUUUAAGCCUGAAGACUAUAAACUGUGGUUCCAAGUUUAUUUGAAUCCUGUAAUAGCAAGCCUCCAACCUGGCAGCUUGUGGGUGAUACCCAAGAACAUCAGCUGUGCAUCGUAUGCUGCCAUAGUCACUAGUCUUCAAGAUAGUUUGACAUUUUUGACAAUGAACCUUUCAGUGGGUCUGAGAUCAAGCUUGGAAUUACUACAGGAGACCUUCACAAGAUGCUUAAAAUCAGAAGAAUUUGUGUGCAAUGAGACAUUUGUUGAUAAGAACUUGAUCUGUGCUGGAGUUAAUCGAUCUAAAGUCGAACAAACACUAGCAACAGACAACUCCUCAACAGCUUUGUGCAAUUUUACCAUCACUGAACUCGCCUGCGUCUCGCCAACAAGUUUCUCACAAGACAACUUGGUCAUGUUGGCAAAAUGCUCUCUGAAAAGCCAAAGGACAUACCCAGUUGAAGUUUGGAAGCUUUUUUUCAAUAGAACUUCUGUUUUGAAUCAAGCUCUUGAGGCAUUCAGCAUCACGGCCCCAAACAGCAGCAACCCCGUCUUGACAAAUGCCCUUGAAGCUCUAGAAGAAGUGGAACGUAACACAAUCAGCCAGGAAGACCUCCACAAUGAAAAUUUCACCCGCAGUUGGUUCCAGCAGAAGCUCAGUCCAUUCCUUGCUUCCUCAUCCCCAAAUUUCCUGAUUUGCCUUAGCGCCAACAACUUCAGCUGCCUGACGUACCAGAUUGUCGUUGAGGCAUUCAGCAGCCAAAAGGCAUUCAUGGACAGUGACAGACAGGAAACAGUGUUUACUCAUUUCAUCCAACCUUUCCUAGAGAGAAAAGAUUUGUCAGAUCCAGGCUGUGUCUCAUCCGUCAAUGGUAGUCAACGCUGGCUACAGGCAAACAUUGGCAACUUCUCUGAAUUUGCAACCAUAGAGGAGUUAAAAGCGCUCAAUCCAAACUUCUCCAGUGCCGACGUUUUGUCAGAGCUGGCUCCAUCCCAAGUAGCAGAGUUGCUACUAAGCAUAGACAUUUCGAAUGACACAGAACUGAUCGAUCGGGUCUUUGAGCGUCUGGAGAAUGGCAAUGCUGUGGAAAAUGUGGAUGAGUUCCUGACUAAGCUUACAGAGAAUGGACAGGUUCCAACAUUCCAACCUGUUGUGAGAGAUCACAUCAUGAACAGGACCUUCAUGAUUGUUAGUCCCCAGUUCCAAAGCUUCAAUACGCUCGAGUUUUACAUUUGGUUCCAUGUCAAACUGGCCCCCAUCCUUGCAAGUUUCACUCCAGAGAUGCUCCAAAAUGCAACCUCAAGCAUCAACUGUACAAACUAUCAUGUCAUUGUGAGUGGGCUGUCCAAUGUUUUUUCUGCCAUACCACAGAAUAGACUGCAAAGUCUUGCACAUGUACUACUUGACUACCUGAUGAGGUCUGCCAGUAUCAUAAACCAGCCAGUUUGCAGGCCUGGAAUUCAGACUGAUGCCCUAGUGCUUGAAGAAAACUUGGCUCAAUUUGCUGCCCUGAUACCAUACUCUGAUCUCAAAUUCCUCAACCUGUCCCAGGUUGCAGUUCUGAGUGUCCUAUCACCACAACAGAAGGCUCAGCUGAUACUGGAUCCAGACAGUGGUGCUUUAAAGGAUGCUACCCUUGUGAAGGCUGUGCUCACAAACUUGACAGAGUCUGGUGAUGUUGAGCAACUCAGUCAGUUUUUCUACAGUUUUGUACAAAUCACUCUGCAGGAAACCUUCCCAAAUUGCUCAGAACUUGAGUCAUUUAUGUGCAAGGAGACACUUGUUGAUGAGAACCUGAUCUGUGCUGGAGUUAAUAGCUCGAAAGUCCAACAAACACUAGCAACAGACAACUCCUCGGCAGCUUUGUGCAGUUUUACCAUCACUGAACUCGCCUGCGUCUUGCCAACAAGUUUCUCACAAGGCAACUUGGUCAUGUUGGCAAAAUGCUCUCUGAAAAGCCAAAGGACAUACCCAGUUGAAGUUUGGAAGCUUUUUUUCAAUAGAACUUCUGUUUUGAAUCAAGCUCUUGAGGCAUUCAGCAUCACGGCCCCAAACAGCAGCAACCCCGUCUUGACAAAUGCCCUUGAAGCUCUAGAAGAAGUGGAACGUAACACAAUCAGCCAGGAAGACCUCCACAAUGAAAAUUUCACCCGCAGUUGGUUCCAGCAGAAGCUCAGUCCAUUCCUUGCUUCCUCAUCCCCAAAUUUCCUGAUUUGCCUUAGCGCCAACAACUUCAGCUGCCUGACGUACCAGAUUGUCGUUGAGGCAUUCAGCAGCCAAAAGGCAUUCAUGGACAGUGACAGACAGGAAACAGUGUUUACUCAUUUCAUCCAACCUUUCCUAGAGAGAAAAGAUUUGUCAGAUCCAGGCUGUGUCUCAUCCGUCAAUGGUAGUCAACGCUGGCUACAGGCAAACAUUGGCAACUUCUCUGAAUUUGCAACCAUAGAGGAGUUAAAAGCGCUCAAUCCAAACUUCUCCAGUGCCGACGUUUUGUCAGAGCUGGCUCCAUCCCAAGUAGCAGAGUUGCUACUAAGCAUAGACAUUUCGAAUGACACAGAACUGAUCGAUCGGGUCUUUGAGCGUCUGGAGAAUGGCAAUGCUGUGGAAAAUGUGGAUGAGUUCCUGACUAAGCUUACAGAGAAUGGACAGGUUCCAACAUUCCAACCUGUUGUGAGAGAUCACAUCAUGAACAGGACCUUCAUGAUUGUUAGUCCCCAGUUCCAAAGCUUCAAUACGCUCAAGUUUUACAUUUGGUUCCAUGUCAAACUGGCCCCCAUCCUUGCAAGUUUCACUCCAGAGAUGCUCCAAAAUGCAACCUCAAGCAUCAACUGUACAAACUAUCAUGUCAUUGUGAGUGGGCUGUCCAAUGUUUUUUCUGCCAUACCACAGAAUAGACUGCAAAGUCUUGCACAUGUACUACUUGACUACCUGAUGAGGUCUGCCAGUAUCAUAAACCAGCCAGUUUGCAGGCCUGGAAUUCAGACUGAUGCCCUAGUGCUUGAAGCAAACUUGGCUCAAUUUGCUGCCCUGAUACCAUACUCUGAUCUCAAAUUCCUCAACCUGUCCCAGGUUGCAGUUCUGAGUGUCCUAUCACCACAACAGAAGGCUCAGCUGAUACUGGAUCCAGACAGUGGUGCUUUAAAGGAUGCUACCCUUGUGAAGGCUGUGCUCACAAACUUGACGGAGUCUGGUGAUGUUGAGCAACUCAGUCAGUUUUUCUACAGUUUUGUUCAAAUCACUCUGCAGGAAAACAUAACAUUCAUUACAAAUGGAGAUGUACGAGACACCAUCUUGAAUGUGACCCUAACAGCCCUCGCACCUGAAAUGGAGAACUUUAAGCCUGAAGACUAUAAACUGUGGUUCCAAGUUUAUUUGUGUACUGUAAUAGCAAGCCUCCAACCUGGCAGCUUGUGGGUGAUACCCAAGAACAUCAGCUGUGCAUCGUAUGCUGCCAUAGACACUGGUCUUCGGGAUAGUUUGACAUUCUUGCCACUGGACCUUUCAAUGGGUGUGAGAUCAAGCUUGGAGUCACUACAGGAAACCUUCCCAAAUUGCUCAGAACUUGAGUCAUUUAUGUGCAAGGAGACACUUGUUGAUGAGAACCUGAUCUGUGCUGGAGUUAAUAGGUGUGUAGUUUACUGUUCUACUCGCUGCAGUGACUGCAAGUUGUUUUCCACAAUGUAACUAAGGCAA